AUGCGCAUUCUUAGUGCAAUAACAGAUGAAAAAUUUGAUAUGUCAAAUGUUGUUAAACACUACAGAUUGGGCAAGAGAUCGGAUAAUGUCAGGCCGCUGUUGGUUAGACUGAAGUCAAAGGUUUUGAAAAACUUAAUUAUGGAAAGUCUAAAUAAUUUGAAAAAUUUAGAUGAUGAUCUGAAGGGAAUAGGUAUUGGCCACGAUAUGACAAAAAAUCAAAGAAUCAAGUGUAGAGAAUUGAUGAAUUUAGUGAGGGAGAAGGAGGCAGCUGAUAAAGAGGAUUUUGUUUACAAAGUGAGGGGUGAACCUGGAAAUUUGAAAAUAAUUCGAAUAAAAAAAAGAUUGCACUGA